ACCAGCAACUUGUUCAUUGCCGUCAUCAUGGACAACUUUGAAUAUCUGACCCGAGACUGGACUGUGUUGGGGACUCACCACCUCGACGAGUUCAAGAGGGUUUGGUCUGACUACGAUCCAGAGGCUACCGGUCGUAUAAAACACAUCGAUGUGGUCACGAUGCUGCGGAGGAUUCAGCCUCCGCUCGGUUUCGGAAAGCUGUGUCCGCACCGUGUGGCCUGUAAGAGACUUGUUGCCAUGAAUGUCCCGCUGCACCCCGACGGCACCGUCACCUUCAACGCUACUCUCUUCGCUCUGGUUCGAACAUCGUUGAAAAUCAAGACUGAAGGGCCCAUCGACCAACAGAAUGAGGAGUUGAAGCUGAUUAUUAAAAAGCUCUGGAAACGGACUAAGCCCAAGCUCAUUGAUGAAGUUAUUCCUCCCCCUAGAGGUGAUGAAGUGACUUGUGGAAAGGUUUAUGCCAGCUUCCUGAUCCAGGACUAUUUCAAAAAGUUCCGCAAAAGAAAGGAGCGAGAGAGGAAAUCUAAAAAGAAGGACAAAGCCGCUUCUCUUCAGGUGAGUUGUUCAAAUCCUAUUAAAAAAAAUGUUUGCCUUGUGGAAGUUUGUG